AAUUAUUUUUUUAAAUUAAUUUUUACAAUUUAAAUUGUAAUAAUUUAAUAAUUUAUUGAAUACAUGGUUGAAGCUAUAAUUCAAUUGAAUGCAAAAUAGAAUUUUCAAGUAUGACUGAAACAUUUAAAAUGUUAAAAGAACAAUCUCAAAUAAGGAAAAAAUUAUUGGCUAAAAUGUUAGGUUUUUCAGACGUUCAACAACUUCGUCGUGCAUUGAACACACACAAGGAACAAACAACCAUGAAUUCAUUUCGUAUAAAUAAAAUUGAUAUUCAACCAAAAAGUCCAGAACAUACAUACAAUGAUUCAUCAACAUUUCUCAAAGGUACACAAUCAUCUAAUCCACACAAUGACUAUUGUCAACAUUUUGUUGAUACUGGUCAACGUCCUCAAAAUUUUAUUAGAGAUGUUGGUCUUACUGACCGAUUUGAAGAAUACCCUAAACUCAGAGAAUUAAUUCGUUUGAAGGAUGAACUGAUACAACAAACUGCUACUCCUCCAAUGUUUCUGAAAUGUGACCUUAGUACAUACAAUUUAAAAUCAUUAAAUAUUAAAUUUGAUGUCAUCCUUGUUGAACCUCCACUUGAAGAAUAUCAAAGAACCUUUGGUGUAACCAAUACAAAAUUAUGGAAUUGGAAACAAAUAAUGGACCUAGAAUUGGGUGAAUUAGCUGCAAAUCGUAGUUUUAUUUUUCUCUGGUGUGGUUCAUCUGAUGGGUUGGAUAAAGGUCGUGAUUGUUUACGACGUUGGGGUUUUAGACGAUGUGAAGAUAUUUGUUGGAUCCGAACAAAUUCUAAAAAUCCUGGACAUUCAAAAAAUUUAGAACCAAAUGCUGUUUUUCAACGCACUAAGGAACAUUGUUUAAUGGGCAUUAAAGGAACAGUUCGCAGAUCUACAGAUGGAGAUUAUAUUCAUGCUAAUGUUGAUAUUGAUUUAAUAAUUAGUGAAGAAAAUAAACAUGGUUCAAUUGAAAAACCUGUUGAAAUAUUUCAUAUCAUUGAACACUUUUGUCUUGGAAAAAGAAGAUUACAUUUGUUUGGUCGUGACAGUACUAUUCGUCCAGGAUGGUUAACUUUAGGAAAUGAAUUAACUAAUUCUAAUUUCAACACUGAUAUGUAUAAUGGAUAUUUUAGCAAAGGUCAAUUAACAACUGGAUGUACUGAUCGUAUUGAAGUACUCAGACCAAAAUCUCCUCCGCCUAAAUGUAAAAUACCAAUAGGAAUAAGAAAGGGAAUAGCUUGUAUAAAUAGGAGUAGAGGAAGAAUGUAAAUUUUAUUUUAUUUUAUACCAACAAAGACUGAGCUGUUCUAUUUUUUGUAAUGUUACAAUAUUAUUUAAUAAAUAACAAUUUGUCAAUAUAUAUUUUA